CUACGCCUCACUAGCAUCCUUGCCUGUGAGGGUAUCACUGCGUUUACAAAACUCUUAUGUGAUCCUCAGCUUGAUCCUGCCUAUCAAGUACCUGUUUAUAGAUUUGACGGCAUAGUUGAGGAUGGAGUGUCAGAUUUAGAUCCUGUGGUCGACCCAAGGCCUCAAUUGAGCUUUGCUCUCUGCCGAAAAAAGACUUUGGAUUUACCUGUUCCCAGUUUCAAAUUUGAUCAAUACUAUGUGGGAGAGCGCCCAAUCAAGGAGGUUACAUUUUCCAACCUCAAUGAUAACAUUAGUUACAAAAAUCUUGAACACAUGUGCAAACAGUUUGGUAUUAUUGAAGAGACAAAGAUUUAUUACCAUCCUAAAACGCAAAAGCACCUUGGGAUUGGUAAAGUCGUCUUCAAGUCCUCUCGAAAUGCCCGCACCUGUGCAGAAAUGUUGAAUCAAACGUCUAAGAUGGGCAAUAUCAUGACCGUUCAAGUUGACCCCAUGGGUCUUAUUCGACGAGACUUAGUCUAUGGUCAAUUACAAGAUCUCUUUCCUAAUGGACAACCUCCUUUGAAUACUGCCCUAGUUUCCUAUCAGGAACACUCCGCUUUUUCUAUCUCAGCUGAUCAGAGCUAUGAAAGAAAUCUUUCUUAUACUCACAACCUUCCAAUACCUUCACAAUUCCAAAGCGAAAUUACGUUUCCGCAUUCUAUACCUAACUCUCAAACUUUGCCUUCCGUCUACCCAUCACUUUCUCGAGACAGGGAGUCUUUAAUGCACAAAAACUAUGGCUCUGCGGCAGAAAGUCUUCAUGGGAUAAAACAAGAUUAUUACCAACACCAUGAACUAUUAGAACACGUUGGAUCCUCAAAAUUGGCUUCAACCAGUCUCGAUUCUAGAUUGAAACUUAAGCCAAUUACAAGCAGACAGCAUGUUUCUUAUACGCAUGGCGGUAUGGCAUCUUUAAAUGGCGCCAAUUUGGUUGGUGAAGAGUCUUUAGAAGCCAGAAUACAAAAACUUCUGAAACCGGCUAUUUCUAAAACAUCUGGUAAUAUUUCCCCGCAGCAUCAAGGUCGGUCAAACUUUAGAUCAGUCCAUUCCCUAGCUAAUGAAGCUGUUGAACCAGAGAUUAGUAAAAGAAGUACAUUUAGAGCAGACAAUAGGUUGCGAUUUUCAGCUCAUUCCUCAGCCAAUUUGCCUAUUUCUAAUAAGGACGACUUUAAAACAUCUUCACACCAGACUUCCAGCAAAUUGCAGUUCAACUCUAGUGAUAAUCAAUCUUCUUUUCGUGUCAAUAAGCCUGAUAAUUCACACUCACAUGCUAGAUCUUGUUCUAAUUCUUGUGCCUUAGGCAAGGGAAAUGGUCACAUUGCAAUUCAGGAAUCUAAUUCAGCAAUUGAUCAACAAGGUAAUAGUACUUUGCCAAAUCGCAGAACUUUACUUCCAACUCCUCCUGAAAAUGCAUCUAAUUAUUCUACAAAUAGUAUCCACAAUUAUCGUGCUCCUCUUCUGCAAACUCCUCGGCAGCUGUCUGAUGAUGCCUUGGACAAGUAUACUGAUCUUAUCCUUGACUCCUUCAUUAAUGAGCUAAAGAGUGUACUCCACCGCGAUAUAGCUCGACGGCUCGUGGAGGGCAAUGCUUUUCGUGCAUUUACUACUUGGUGGGAGACUUGUGAACUUGGACUUAGAGUUUCCUCAAAAGUUUCUGCUCAAAAUAAAAUAGAGGUGCAGUCUCUUCAUCAAUGCAAACCAUCAAGCCACUUUUCCAACGCUCUUGGACUGACUUCCGAUGCUUUGGGAAAUUCGAAUGAAUCCAAAGAAGUUUUGAUUGAAAAAAAUGAAUCUUCUCGCUUGUUCGCGGAAGGGAUUGACAAGUCUUGUUCUAGAAUUUUUUCUGAAACUGAUGCUUUGACUAUUUCUAAGGCCUCUGAUACACUUAACCUUUCUUCAAUUACUCAAUCAAGUGCUUUGUCUGGAGCAAAUGGCCAGGCGCAAUUUCCCAUUCUAGGAAUGUUUGGUCUCGGCAUGUUUACUGGAUUACGUUCUGCUCUGCCAAAGAUUCGCCGAAAACCCAAACCACCUAGUCCCAAGAUAGAGGAGGCCGAAGAUGAUGAGGUUCAAGAAGAUCGUUGGAAUGAAACAACUCGGGAUUAUGGCCUUGAUCCUUCAACUCGUUUAGAUUCUCAUGCUUCUUCGGUACAUGGCUCAGAAAGUGACUCAGAAUGUGCACAUUCUGGAUUUCCAGGUCCAUUUUGGAAAAGUAGAAAAAGUAGACGAUCAAUCAAGAAAUGGAGUAGACAUCGCAUUUCCAAGCCUGUACUUCGUUCAGGGAGACGGGGAAGAGAACGCUCUGCUCUUGUUCAAGAUUGCCUUACAUCUGAAGAUGAUUUGUUUGAGGCUAAGCGUGUUUCUUCAUUGUGGAGCGAAGACAUAAAGUCGGCAACUCCAAGAGAUCGAAAGGCUAGUUUUCACUCGAAGAGGCGUCAGGCCGCACCUGCUCACAGCCAAGAUGAAUCAGAUGAACAACUCGUUGGUGAGCAUGCUCACGGUGCUUCUUCAUCCCCUAGUCUGACUUCACCUGCAUCGGGAAAUGAUGAUCGUCGUGGUAAAACCAGCCCAUCAAUUCAUCAGUCCAACCUGAUCUCGAAGAAAAGACGCUCUCACUCAUUCAGGCGAUGCUUAGUUCGCGACGUGUUUGAAGAAAAUGAUCUCAAGUCUUCCACGUUUUUGGAUGCUAAGUAUGUUGAUUUGGAUUCUUAUUAUUUAAUUUUGGGCGAAAGGGCAACUUGA